AUGAAGUUUGGGAAAUGGUUUGAGCUUUUAUUGCAGCAAAUUUUGUCAGAAUGGAGAGAUCAUUAUAUCUCUUAUACCUUUCUUAAGAAACGAAUCAAAUUCAUUGAAGCUACAAGAAAUGAUAUAAUCAUGGGAGAUUCAAAUCCAGAUUUUUUGAAUACAUAUGAAGUGGACUUCAUCAAUUUGCUUAAUGCUGAAUUAGAUAAAAUCAACAAAUUCAUGGAGGAGAAGAGUAGAGAGUGUCAUAUACGUUUACAGACACUCAAAGGAAGGAUAGAAAAGGUCAAGGAUGGCCGUACCCAAGCCAUGGUAGUGCACAAUCAUGGAAGAGAAGAAGUGGUUUUGCUGGGCAAAGAUUUGGUAAACUUCCAUGGAGAGUUGGUUCUUUUGGAGAACUAUAGUCUAUGGAAUUUUACAGGAUUGUGGAAAAUUAUUAAGAAGUAUCAUAGAAGAAUUGGUGCUUUCAAGGGAGAGAAUUGCAUUCCAUGGACAAAAUAUCUGCCUGUGUUUGGUGGUCUACGAUCUUGUGUCUGUGCUAUGGAGGCCAACUUUUUUGGGUUCAUAGGACUCUCGCUGCCCAGCUUGGGGGGCCUCUGUUCUCUGGUUAACAGUGGGUGUGGGUUGCUUGCAACGAGAUGCCCUAUCUUGGGUUGUGGGGAUGCGGAUUUUCUUUGUCUCUCCGUCGUGGUGUGCACUAGACUGUGCGGGCAAGUCUUAAAUCAGACGUACUAA